CGCUGCGAAUUCAAGAGCAACUAUCGCAUUGACCAAGACGGAGCACGAGCCACCGUUUUCAAGCUAUCUGGAUCUGUCGCCGAUGCCGCUUCUAUCCACGUGCAGCAAAGACGCCUGUAUCGGAAGCAUCUACGACGGAGCACGAGCCACCGUUUUCAAGCUAUCUGGAUCUGUCGCCGAUGCCGCUUCUAUCCACGUGCAGCAAAGACGCCUGUAUCGGAAGCAUCUACCAAUCAACGACAACCACACCAUGGACUGCUGCUGACUUAACUAGCCCACCGGACGCCCACCUACUCAGUUGCGGGCACGGCACGAAUACAAGCAUGAUGUCCAACGUGUUCGUAUUUGCUUGUUUGCAGGUUCUAGCUGGGUGCUUUUGGAUCAGCGCUGCUGAAACUUUCACGGCAAAUGGACGCUGCCAGCCUGCAUCGCCUUCGCUUCUGCCAAACGACGUCCUAGACGCAAUUUUGGAUGACAAUCUUCUGCGGCGGCUGCCACAUGUGGAGUAUGGCUACAGCGCAUCUUCUUCACGCACCGUGACGUCACCAGCAUAUCCCGGACCUGCUGGCUUUUAUGCUUUAAAAGGAAUGCUCGCUUCUGCAAGCAUCAGUGGACACGGCGGCACUGCUGUGACAAUGUCACCGACUUUCUCGUUCCUUGUGCAGGUUGGUGAUUGAAAAUACUGUUUCCGUAGUAAUUACCUGUGCUUAGUGGUGUUGCCGUGUGCACAUACUCUUCUUUGUUGUUUAUCUGAAUGUUUUCACGUUGCCAGCUUGCUAGUGUCACUUUCGGGUGAUGGUGAAGAAAAUCCCGGGCUUAUCACUGAAGAAAAGCUUAACGAAAUAAUUAGGACACAAAAGGCGGUCCUGGAGAAAGUAACCAAAAUAAAAAAAAGCCAAGCAUCUUUUGAGGCUCGGGUAGAAGGCAGGCUUUCGAAAAUAGAGGAAAGGCUAGAAAUUCUGGGCGAAGCCCCACUCAGGCUUGCUAGCCUUGAGAAGUUUGCCAGUGAAGCCGAAACCUCAAUAGCAACUGUUAGUCAAAAAGUUGAUGAGUUCGUUACUAAGUCGAGCACCGACUGGAAUGCCCUCCUCAAGCGACUUGACGAUCUCGAAAACCCCUCUCGGCAGAAUAAUAUUAUUAUCAGAGGGAUAAAAGAAGACAUGAAUGAAACUUAAGAUGUUUUACGUGAGAAGGUUAACAUCGACGUUUUUGAUAAGCUGCUAAACCUUAAAAUUAACUCAGUUGAACGAAUUCAUCGCUUAGGAGCAAAACAGAAGGGCAAAGAUAGGCCCGUUAUCUUGAGAGCUUCAGAUUUCAGAGAUAACACUAGUAUCCUACGAAACUGCUUUAAACUGCGUGGUAAGGAGGUCAGCAUAAACGAAGAUUUUUUUAAACGAGUUGUUGAGAUACGCAGAAGGCUGUGGGAGUCUAGUGCUGAGGAGAGAAAAAUGGGGGCCAAGGUUAAGCUUAUUUUUGACAAAAUGAAAAUAAUUCAUGUGGUGUACGGUUGGAACGGAGAUACUAAUAUGAGGUACAUAUGUAAGACACCUCCCGAAACAACUGACUGGC